GUCAUUCCAAUGUUGAAGGUCUAUUACAUCGGCUUAAAGGUGCUUCUGUAUCAGCUUUUCAACAAAUCAUUCCUACUACCAGGUACUCAUUAAUGAGUGAAGGUUCAUAAGGGAAACCGUGUGGCCUCCGAAGCAAUGGAGAAUAAAGGCUCAGAAGGUUCUUCGGCUGACCUCAAAUUGGUUGCUCACCCAAGAGCAAAAAGUAAGGUAUGGAGGUACUUUGGGUUUGACACUGAUGCUGAAGGGUGUAUAUUACAGUGGAAGAAAAUAUACUGCCGGAUAUGCAUGGUCCAAAUUGCUUAUUCUGGAAACACGUCCAACCUUUCCUACCACCUGGAAAAGAACCACCCAGAUGAGUUCUGCGAAUUUGUGAAAAGCAACACGGAGCAGAUGAGGGAAGCUUUUGCAACAGCUUUUUCUAAAUUGAAGCCGGAAGCAUCGCAACAUUUUGUGCAGGACACCUUAAACAUGAAGCCAAACUAUGCUUAUGAGAACAGAAAACACCAGGAUCUGACUGCUGCCGUAGUUAGCUUCAUCUGUGAGGGGAUGUAUCCGGCGUCGGUUGUAGAUGAACCGACUUUUAGGGCCCUUCUAAAAACUGCUGACCCAAGGUACGAGCUUCCGAGCAGGAAUUAUUUGUCGACCAAAGCAAUUCCUGAAAAGUACUAUUUAGUUAAAGAAGCUGUAUUUAAGGAACUUGCUGACGUGGUAUGUUGUGGUAUUUCUGCAGACUUGUGGAAAAGUCAGAACCAAAACAGGACUUACGUGUCUCUUGCUGCUCACUUUAUAAAUAACUGCAGUAUGAAUAACGCCACGUUAACCACCAGGUGCUUGAAAACCUUUGAAGUACCAGAAGACAAUACUGCAGAAAACAUCACACGUGCACUUUACGAGGCCUUUGUUGAGUGGGGCAUCAAUGACAAAGUCUUUGGUGCCACUACAAAUUGCUCUGCAGACAUUAUGAAAGCUUGCUCCCUUCUAGACCUUCCUGUUCACAUGCCUUGCUUUGGGCAUACCGUCAACCAUGGAAUAAAUCAAGCAUUUCAACUUCCUAAGCUCAGUGUCUUUUUAGGCCGUUGUAGGAAACUGGUUGAAUACUUUCAACAGUCCACAGUAGCCAUGUACAUGCUGAGAGAAAAGCAGAAGCAGCAAAGAAUACCACAGUGCAUGCCGAUAAGUGACAGAGUAACUUGGUGGGUGAGCACCCUUGCUAUGCUCCAACGUCUAAAGGAGCAGCAGUUUGUUAUUUCAUCUGUCCUUGUCGAAGACAGCAACAAUCAUCACCUGAUGCUUGAAGCAAUGGAGUGGAACACUGUUGAUGGUCUCGUAGACUUGUUGCAGCCCUUCAAACAAGCAGCGGACAUGAUUACUGCCUGCAAAUAUCCAGCAAUCAGCAUGGUGAAACCUCUCCUGCAUAUGCUUUUAAACACAACAUUAAAAGCUAAAGAUAGUGAUCUCAAGGAAAUCAGCACGGCAAAGGAGGUAAUAGCCAAAGAGUUAUCCUCCACAUACCAGCAGACACCUGAGGUUGAUAUGUUCCUGAAUGUGGCAACAUUUAUAGACCCCCGUUACAAAAAACUCCCCUUCCUUUCCCCCUUUGAACGAGCCCAGGUUGAGACCAGAGUCAUUGACGAAGCUAAGGCUUUGUUAGAAAAAUGGAAAGAGAGUUCAAGGCCAGAAGACCCACCUUUCUCUGAUGAACCCCCUUAUAAAAGACAAUCAACUUCCACCCCACCACCUACAAGCAAUGCCAGCAACAUGCUGUCUGUAAUUUUCAGCCAAACAGGUGCAGAUGAAAACCAAGAGGAACUGCACGCUCAGGUGAUGGAGGAGUUGAGUAACUUUAAAUCCCAAAAAGUCCUCGGACUCAAUGAGGAUCCCCUCAGGUGGUGGUCUGACCGGUUGGCCUUAUUCCCGAUCCUGCCAAAGUUACUGCAGAAGUACUGGUGUGUUCCAGCAACAAGUGUGUAUCCUGAACGGCUGUUUAGUUCUUCAGGGAAUGUGCUGAGGGGAAAAAGAAAUCGCCUUGCCCCAGCUCAUGUGGACCAGCAGGUCUUUCUGUAUGAAAACACACGUACUGGCUACGAAGCAGAGCCCAUGGAUGAAGAUGAGGGAGAGUGGGGCAUAGAACAUGAUCAAGCAUUAAGUGUAGGUGAUACACUUGGCAUGCAGACUAACAUGAUUAACACAAAAGAGACUGGCUUCUAUUGAAUGUCAACUUUAAAUGCUUUUUAGUCAUUGGAAGUCAGUUGGACCUUUUCAGUUCAUGUAUAUACUUUUUUUUUUUUUUAACCAAAGGAUCAAUCACUGCUUUUGUAGUAUAUUAAAUACUACAAUGUUAAUGACUACAAUGUUAUAUCGACUAAAAAAGAAAAUAUGUCAUUGUAUCAGAUUCUGUAAAUAACAGUUGGACCUUGCAUUGUUUGAGUGGGAAUUGAAUGUAGUAGCUUGCCCUAUAUGAAAGCAUAUACUGCACAAUAGUCAUAGCCUUGAAGUCAGGUAUAGCUGUGUCAGGGCAGGGUUCUGGAUGUUCUUCUCCAACUUGAUCGGACAUUUGUAAACUCUCGUCUGGACUCUCGACAUGCCAGAUAUGAGUCUCAAAAGCAUUUUCCCGGACAGUUCCACAGUGGAAAUUUGAGAGAACUCAUUACGUCAAAUGCAGAAGUACCUACAAUUGUUGAGAACAUGAAAACACAAUUGACUGGUGAAAGGAAACUAAUAUAAUGUCUGUAAAUUAGAGCGCACAAUAACAAUUGAUGUGUUAGUGUUUUUCCUUUAUUAGUUCCAGUAAUCAAAAGUCACAUUUACAGCAUAAUCAUUGUCAUUAGGCACAAUAAUAAGACCACUAGUUAUUAGCAGAAAUUAGUUAUUGAUCAGUUGCCAGUUUCUGGGAGGGGAUCAGACAAGACGCUGGUGUGUAUUCAAAGAGGAUCUUGAAUGCUUCUCAAAUGCCUAUCUUAUAUCUUGUCUAAUUGUGUGUGAAGCUAAACCUUGUUUUUGCUAGCUAGCUUCUUUGUGUCAGAAGUGUUCCAACCAAGAACAGUCAAGUUGCCACACCCCAUUCAGUUUCUUGUUCAUCUUGUAGCUGUGCUAAGCACAGUGUACUCCUAAUAUUUGUUUGACCCUUCAUUGUCCAUACAGCGGGGUCUCACUUGUUCCUGGGAAGAUGUUUUAUUUGAUAUACUUUUUUUAACUAAUGUUUUUAUAUGGUUGAUCCUUUUGUGUUAACAGAAAUAAAAUAAAAUUCUAAAAUUAAGACAUACUAUUACAUCAAACUUGUAGCACUGCUAUAGCCACAUUAUUGAAAUUAGAAGACUACCAUUAUAUGGUAGUAAACCUUGCUAUAUCUACAAAAGUGUUGCUUUCUUGCAAGCUGUUUACUCCUGUAUACUAUUUGCUGUAUUUAUCAAAACCUAACUUGUAUAUGGAUUGCCCAGAAUAAAGGUAGAGAACAGCUCAAAGCAUAUGACAUGUUGAAUAGCUUCCAGGUGUGUGUAAUGGCUAGUCCCCCUUAGCCCUGCACAGCACUGCCUAGUACUUAAAAAACAAAGAGCCAGAUAGAUUCUCACAGCAUCUUACUCAAAAUACUUCUCAAAGGAAAACAUUUACCCAGUAAAGGUACAAAAUUAUUUUAUGAAACAGUUUUAGGCACUUGAAGUAGUGUGAAGUUGUCUCUUACUAGAUUUAUAAUUGGAAGUGUUGUUCCCUUUCAGUCUCGAAAUGUCAGCCAUUACGAGUUGUGCCAACGGUUGCUAGGUCUGCUGGCCACAGCCUCCUCUGUCCUCCCUCUCUGUCUCCUCCA